CAUUCAAAAUCUUAAAUCUAUUUAUAGACUGCCAAAUGAAACACUACAUAUUGCUACAUAUAUGUAGAAUGGGAACAUUUUUGACUGCAUUUGACAAUGGAUACAUUUCUAAAUUUAGUGGAAAGUCCUUAGAUGAAAUUGCCUGUGAAUACAUAUAUUCAAAUGAUGAUGAUGAUAAUGAUGAUGAUGAUGAUGAUGAUGUUGGAAAAGAACGAGCCAGAAAAAAGAAAACUGAACCUAAGCCUUCAAAACUCCCAACAGACAUAGAUGUGAGUGAUGAACAUGAUGGCAAUGAUGAUGAUAAUGAUGAAGAUGGGGAUGAUCAUGUUGGGAAAGAACGAGCUAGAAAAUAGAAAACUGGUCCUAAGCCUUCAAAACUCCCAACAGGUAAAACUGUAUGUCGAGAGGAAGAGGAAGCAUAUUCAAUAAAGAAGCCUUGCAAGAAUUGUUGGAACAUUUUUUUAGGACUUUUUGCAAUUGGUUUUUGUUUGUCGUCAUGUGGUGUUCAUUUUGUGCUGACAAUUAAAUAAUUUUAAUUUCUUUCAAACUACAUGGCCUAAUUUUUCCAAAUUCUUUCGAUAUGAUGUAUGAUUUGGGUAAGGGUACAUAAAUGGUAAUUUCAUUUCUCUUCCACACUGUGUCCUUGGUCAGCAGGGCCAAAAUGCUAAAAAGAAAAUCUAUACUUCCACACAUCUGAAAGAAAACUGAAUUCAGUUGUAAAUUUUGUAUUAGUUUUUUUACUUCAGAAUGUAGUUUAAUUACAUGCAUAUAUGAUAUUCCUUUAUUGAGGUCUGUGUCUGGGCUAGUUACUCAGGUGAUCGUUAAUGCCUGUUGGCCUGUGUGGUUUAAAAACAGUUCAAUUUUAUACACGAAGAAGUGAUUUUGUGUUAGAACUUGAAAAAUCACCUUGCUUUUUUAGUGUGUAAACAUCACUGUUCAAAUUUAUUGAAAUUUUCAAAAAAUUGAUUGUCUUUAAACUGGGAAUUAAUUCCUUUGAAAGAUUGUUUAUUCAUUUAACAAAGCUGUAUUUUACUUAUUGAUAAGUGAAAAUACAUUGGAUAAUUUUCUUUUCUUUGCACCGAUGUAUUUUUUCUAAAUAACGACAAAGUAAUUUCAAUGAAUUAAUAAAGAUUAAAA